AUGCGGGGCAUUUCGACGUUGUCAGCCGUUCUCCUUCCUUUCUUCUCUACACCAUCCGUCUUUGCUUCAGAACAACAGCCAUUCGACUUCGGCGCCAUGUCUGCACCUCAGUACACCCUACCUCCCCUACCAUACGCAUACGAUGCAUUGGAGCCACACAUCUCCGCCCAGAUCAUGGAGCUGCACCACAGCAAGCACCAUCAGACAUACAUCACCAACUUGAACGGUCUUCUCAAAACCCAGGCCGAAGCUGUAUCUACCUCCGACAUCACUUCGCAAGUCGCUAUACAGCAAGGCAUCAAGUUCAAUGCUGGCGGACACAUCAACCACUCACUCUUCUGGCAAAACCUCGCUCCUGCUAGCUCGAACGAGGCGAAGAGCUCUGCUGCUCCCGAGCUGGUCAAGCAGAUCAAGGCGACCUGGGGUGACGAGGACAAGUUCAAGGAGGCCUUCAACACUGCUUUACUGGGUAUCCAGGGAAGUGGUUGGGGAUGGCUGGUCAAGACAGAUAUGGGAAAGGAGCAGAGGCUGUCUAUCGUGACGACCAAGGACCAAGAUCCUGUUGUUGGCAAGGGCGAAGUUCCAGUCUUUGGCGUUGACAUGUGGGAGCAUGCGUACUAUCUCCAGUACCAGAACGGCAAGGCCGCUUACGUCAAGAACAUCUGGAAUGUCAUCAACUGGAAGACGGCGGAGGAGCGUUACCUAGGGUCGCGCGCAGACGCUUUCAGUGUGCUCAAGGCGUCCAUUUAA